AGUCCGAAACGUCGUCCGUGCGCGCAAUAUUUCUCGUUCGCGCCGAGUUCGCGAUAGUGCGUAAUCGCCAAUUCGCUCCGGUCGCCGACGUCGCGUGCCAGGCCACGCGCGCGCGUGCGCGCGCGCGACCCGACGGCUGCUCGCCACCAGGUUGGCGUGGACGAGAGUCGGGUGGCCGAGAGAGCGUGUUCACGAGGAGGGCAGGACGAGAGAGAGAGAGAGAGAGAGAGAGAGACAGGGACUGGGACGCAGAGCGAAACGUCAGCACGCGUGCUGACCCGAUUUCGAUCCCGGAAAAUCGAAUUGGCAAUCGGGUCGGUCUCGAAGCGCGACGUUCUUCGCUAAACCAAGUUUCACUCGAGAUCCGACACCGGAGGAGAUUUCCUUAUCGAACGAAGGAGGAAGAGUGGCAGGCGAGCGGGCGGGCGGGCAGAAUAGGAGAGAGAGAGAGAGAGAGAGAGAGGGCGAGACGGAAUUUCUGGACGAAAAUAAGGGAGGUGCUGCGGGUGACGGAGUGUGUGUAUGUGUAUGUGUGUGUGAGACGUUGUGUGCGACGGGCGGUGGUGCAGUGAUAUUUAAUCGAGGAAGAAAAACAUGCCGGGCACGAUGUCGUCACGCCUCGUCGUGUCGGGCGACAAGUCCCGAAAGGUCACGUCGGGAUCCUCAUGACCGAGCUUGACAAGUGCGCUCGUGUACUCGACGACACGUUUGACGUGAAGCGAAGCGGAAUACAUCUCGCUCCGCGUUUAGAUUCAGCUGCCACGGUCACGGUGUGGCCGCCGUCGUCGCCGCCGCCGUCGCCGCCGCAAUAUAUCUCGUUGCUGACAGUUUUCUUUUUUUCUUUUUCUUCGUUACCUCCCAUUAACGGAAUUGGGACGAUACGAUUUACAUUCGUCGAAUUCGCACUCGGAUUAUUAUCAUCAUCCAUCUCGGCUAUGGUUGUAGCUAGCAACGGUGGUUGGGUACAAAAUGCCAGUUCGCCCGCUGGGCAGAACAAUUCUAACCUGAACCAAAACAAUACGCAGAACAACAUUAAUAAUAAUAAUAAUAAUAAUAAUAAUCACAACAGUAGCAACAGCAGUAACAACAACAAUAAUAACAACAACGGUAGCAGUAGUGGCAACAAAAUGACGGCGAAAGGCGUCCUGAUCUGCCGGGACAAUUCCCAUCCCUUCCAGGAGCGUACCCUGACGUUGGAACAACCGGUAAAGAUCGGUCGUUCGGUCGCCAGGGCGAGAGCCGCGCCGAACAACGCGAUCUUCGAUUGCAAGGUAUUGUCUAGGAAUCACGCGCUCCUAUGGUACUCGUCCGGUAAAUUUUACCUGCAGGACACGUGUAGCAGUAACGGCACGUUCGUCAACAAUCAAAGACUGAGCGCUUCCGGGCUCGAGUCGACGCCCAAGGAAGUGUGCUCCGGGGAUAUAGUGCAAUUUGGCGUGGACGUAGUGGAGAACACGAAGAAGGUCACCCACGGCUGUAUAGUGGCGACCCUGAAGCUUUAUCUGCCAGACGGGAAGGAGGCCAAGGCCAGUCUCAGCACCUCCGUCAGUUCACCCGCCGGAAACGUCUCCCUCGAGGAUCUUUACAAGCUCAAUCAGAUAAUGCAAGAGGCCCAGAGACGAGAGAAAGCUCUGUACUCGAAAUUGGGCUAUUUACAGCAAUUGGUGGAGAACACUCGGAAAGCCGCCAACCAAUCGUGGAAGGCCUUGAUCACGGAGGAUCGUCUGCUGUCGUGGGUCAUGACCGUCGAGAGUCAGUUGACGGUCUACUCGAAAAAUUAUUCCGAGGACAAGAUCAGAAACGAGCUCGCGAAGCUUCAGGACGAGAAGGCGCAGUAUCAGAACGCCGCCAAGGAGGCGUUGCAGAAGGUCUUGCAGGAGAAACUGGAGGUCACGCAGAGACUGGUGCAAUUGGAGGGACGCCUGAACGAAACGGAGGAGGAAUGCCAGAGUUUGCACAACAUAGCCAAGUACACGCAAACGGAGCUUCAGGAACUCAGCGCGAAAUACGCGGAAGCGCAAAAGAAGCUCCAGGAGACGACCGACAAGCUCGCGGAGAGCGAGGAGAGGGUCAAGGACCUGCUGCUCGCAGCGGAACAAGAGAAACGCGAUCUCGCCAAACGGCUCGACGAUCAGUCGAAAAUCGAGAAGAAUUUGCGAGAGAGGUUGCACGAUACCCGAUUGGAUUCCGUCAAUAUUUAUAAGCAGAUCACCGCCUUGAGAAAUUAUGCCCAGACUCUGCAAGAUAUGAAUUUGAAAAUUGGCGACAACUUUGAUUCCAAGGGCGAGGAGGAUCCCAUAGAGGCUAUUAACGCUAUUCUUUACAAAUUGAAUUCUAUUCGCAUCAAUAUGGAGGUCGAUAGCGAGAUUAAUUUUUAUAUUACCAAGACCGAGCAGGAAUCAAUGUACAAUCAAUUAAAAUCCUCGGAUACGGAUGAUUCGAAGGAGCUGAAAUCCGAUUCCUUUACCAAAGAUCAAAUUGCCGAUUCGCAAUUGACAGCCGACGAUAGUCUCACGGAAUAUAUUCUACCUCCACUGUCCAGGCGAACUUUGGUCAAUGGAAGCUUGGCCACCUUGGACAACGGCGAUACCAACGGAGACUCCGACACCAACUCCGAAGCGACUGACGACACGUGCAGUAUUAUGAAUGACGACGCGAGCGAGAAGAGUGUUAUAGAGAAUAAGAAGGAAGAGGAGGAGGAGGGGGAAGAGGAGGAGAAGAAGAAGGUGAAGGUGAAGGAGGAAGAAGAGGAAGAAGAGGAAGAAGAACUGCUGGUGGAUACGAUGGAACAUGCGUCCAAGCGGACAUCCGUGCUCAACAGGCUAGCGGUACAUUAUACAAAUGCCAAAUAUCAAUCAUCGGAGACAUAUUCCGAGCCGAUAAAACAAAUUGCCAAAGAUGAUAGAGUCACGGAGAUUCCGACGGACGAAGAGACGGCCCGCGUGGAGCCCGAGGAUGCGUUAGACCGGCUAGACAGUUGCAAGAGAGAUCAGCAGCCGCCUCCUCCGGACGAUAAUAAUAUUGCGCCGGAAUACGAAGAACGCACGGAAGGAGAUUACGUUAAAACUUUAAAACCCGUGACAAAGAACGAUACGAUGCAACAAGUUUUCCACUCUCGAGAUUACAUCUUGCAGACGUUUAUCGCUUCUCUGGAUUCGUUGAGAGGCGAGGAUAGCGUGGAAGCGCGGCAGUUGGUGGAAAGGGAGCUGGAGGAAUUGAAGAACUGGUUGAUUCGCGAGCCAAACGAGAUCGUCGUCGAUAGGCUGAAGGAGCUGUACUAUCGCGCGAAGAACGAGGCGCAGCGAAUGCAGGAGGUCAACGAGGAGCUGGUUAUAGUGAAAGAAAAGUACAACGCGUUCGUCGAGGAGAAAGCGGAACUGUCGAAGAAAUACAUGUCCCUCAAGUCUCAGUGCGGCGAUCUGUUAAGCGCGACUUACACCGUACCGAUACAUUACGUCGCACCUUUCGCGAUCAUACUGGUGUGGAUGUUGUUGGAGAAAAUAUUCUAAUCGCGCCUCUUUCUCUCUUGACCAUACCGCCUCUAACGUUUCUUGUACAUACGACACGCGCUUCGACGAAUCUUUUAUCCUUUUCACAUUUCUUUUCGUUUCUUUAUAAUAUCGACUGUAAUGGACUGUAAAUUUUGUUAAUCUUAUCCGUUUUGUCGUUUCAACACCACACAUUGAGCACAAUUUAAUGUUUUUUACAUAAACAGUUGUUAAGAAUUGUAAAUACAGACACACGCGCACACACACACACACACACACACAUACACACAUAUGUUUGUUAAGUUCUCUAAUCGAAUUUUGGGACUAUAAAAGAUAAAGUUUCACGUUACAAAGUGCGAUGUUAAUCAAGAAAGUGUCGCGUUAAUACGCCUUACCAAGGAGGAGCAAGAUCAAAGACGGGACAAAAAUUAUAUAUACACACACAUAUACGUGUGUAUGUAUGUAUGCACGCACGCAUGUAUGUAUGUAUGUAUGUAUGUAUGUAUGUAUGUAUGUAUGUAUGUAUGUAUGUACGUAUGUAUGUAUGUAUUUCCCGAACACGAAAGCUCGACCUUACGCUCUCUGGGGGGGGAGGAGGGGGGAGUAAAAGUAGCUGGAGAAAAUGUAGGCACGAUACCACGCAAAAUGUUCAACAUGCUGCCAAGCUACCGAGUAUCAUAUCUCAUAAUACGGCUCAAUUUUAUAAAUAUAUUAUGUAUUUUGUUGCAUGUUUGUUCGUUUAAGCGAUAUGUUUUUUCUAUAGCAUAUUCUAAAAAUUAAAAUAUGUAUCCUUUAUACUGUGCGAAUAGAAUUUACGAGAAUACUCUCCCAUGCGUCUCAAAAAAAAAAAAAAAAAAAAAAUCACACAAACACACUACGUACACACGCACAUACACUCUUGUUUUCGAUCGUUGAAAACUUUCCUCGUACAUUUGUAUAUAGAUAAUUGUAGAAAGCGAAUAUAUUCUCUGCGCGCGAAACUAUAUGUACUCUUCGAGUUAAGUAAUACGCUUUUUUUUCAAGCUUUUUAGUUGAAGGCGACUCAAAGAGUUAAAAACGAACUUUGCAGGAAAGCGAGAGUUGGAGAGAGAGAGAGAGAGAGAGAGAGAGAGAUUUGAUCGAUUAUCACGAUUAGUAUGAGUAUGUCGUAUAUGUUACAUUCUCUCUUACGUCUCUCUUCUGAUCACAAGUUUAUCUCUCGAGCGCGAAAAUUUGAUCGCGCAAGUCGCAUCGUAGUCUCGCAGCGAAUCUUGGGCCCUCCAACUCGAUUGCACAAUGAUACUUUAAUUUUUUUUCCUUCGUACAUAUGUAUACAUAUAUUGGGUGGCGUGACAAUAUACAAGAGCAUAUCUGUUGGAGCGACCUAAUGAAAUAAUAAGCGCGCGCGCGCGCGUUGGAUACAUAUGUAUGUUGUAUUUGUCAAAAGCGAAUUUUUUUUUAAGCACAUUCAGUACCGUUCUAUUGAUCCUACCUUGGAAUGGCCUUGAUAUCGUCUACUAACAUCUUAAAGUGAAAAGAUUCAAUAUAAUCGUAGUUUUCUAUAUUAAUUCUUUUGAUACGAAACCGUAAAGGGAAAUUGACAGUAUUUUCUUAAUUCGUUAGUUUAGUUUAGAGAGUGCCAUGUCUACUUCUACCGCAUUAGAUAACGGAUCAUUGUGUAUCGCGGCGAGCAAAGGUGUACGUGACAUUUUCCAAAAAAAAAGAAGAAAAAAAGUAUGCCGCAAGUUGGUCACUCGCUCGUUAAGCUCGAUCAUUGUCGGCAGAUCAAGCGUAUAUAUCAAAUUAUCAAAAUACAUAUGAUAAAAAUAAAAAUGCUGUACAUAGUAAUGUUGAUAUAAUCUUACUACCGAUGUAAUAGUCAUUAUACAAAAUGGGGAAAUAAAAACUAACUUAAUUAAAAAAUA